CUCACCACCUCUAGAGCACUAAUAUCAUUCAAACAAAGGUUAAGGGGUUGAUUGGCAGCUAAUAGCUAGCUUAGCUAACACAGAUAUGGACGCACUCAACAGCAUUUUCGGCAACAAAAUUCGAUGCUCGUUACUCUUAGGCGUUUGCCUUCUGUUUGCUUCAUCAGCAAUGUCCUUGGCAGAGCCCAAAACUCACCAACAUGACUUUGUUAUUCAAGCAACACCAGUGAAGAGGCUGUGCACAACCCAAAACUCCAUCACAGUCAAUGGGCAAUUCCCUGGACCAACCUUGGAAGUUAACAAUGGUGACACUCUGGUCGUCAAAGUCACCAACAAAGCUCGUUACAACGUCACCAUCCAUUGGCAUGGAAUUAGGCAAAUGAGAACUGGAUGGGCAGAUGGACCUGAAUUUGUGACUCAGUGCCCAAUUAGGCCAGGAGGGAGCUACACCUACAGAUUUACAAUUCAAGGCCAAGAAGGUACUUUGUGGUGGCAUGCUCACAGCUCAUGGCUAAGAGCCACUGUCUAUGGAGCACUUAUCAUUCAUCCAAAACAAGGAGACUCCUACCCAUUCACUAAGCCGAAACGCGAAACUACCCUUCUUCUUGGUGAAUGGUGGAACGCGAACCCCAUCAACGUUUUGAGGCAGUCAACCCGGACUGGAGGAGCUCCUAAUGUGUCUGAUGCAUACACCAUCAAUGGUCAACCUGGUGAUCUUUACAAUUGCUCAAGCCAAGACACAAUCAUAGUUCCUAUAGACUCCGGUGAGACCAACCUUCUUAGAAUCAUCAACGCUGCCCUCAACCAACCUCUUUUCUUCACUGUGGCAAACCACAAACUGACUAUUGUUAGCGCUGACGCCUCCUACACCAAACCUUUCACCAGCAGAGUCCUCAUGCUGGGACCCGGCCAGACAACCGAUGUUUUGAUCACCGGUGACCAGCCACCAGCCCGAUACUACUUGGCAGCGCGUGCCUAUUUCAGUGCACAAAAUGCAGCAUUUGACAACACCACCACCACGGCCAUUCUUGAAUACAAGUCUGCCCCUUGCAGCCCCAACUGCACAAACGGUCCAGCAGUUAAACCAAUUAUGCCACAACUUCCUGCUUUCAAUGACACAGCCACUGCCUCUGCUUUCACCACAAGCUUCAGAAGUCCUAGAAAAGUUGAAGUCCCAACUGAAAUCGACGAAAACCUUUUCUUCACAAUCGGCCUUGGACUCAACAACUGCCCAAAGCAUUUCAACCAAACCAGAAGGUGCCAAGGCCCCAAUGGAACACGCUUCACAGCCAGCAUGAACAAUGUGUCCUUUGUGCUUCCAAACAACAUCUCAAUCUUGCAGGCCUAUCAACAAAACAUACCUGGAGUUUUCACUGCUGAUUUUCCAGCAAACCCACCCCUGAAAUUCGAUUACACGGGCAACGUGAGCCGCUCCCUCUGGCAGCCUCUUUCUGGAACCAGGGGAUACAAGUUGAAGUAUGGAUCAAGGGUGCAGGUUGUGCUACAAGACACAAGUAUCGUCACACCAGAGAACCACCCUAUUCAUCUCCACGGAUACGAUUUCUACAUCCUUGCAGAAGGUUUUGGAAAUUUCAAUGCCCAGACUGAUACCAAAAAAUUCAACCUUGUUGAUCCACCUAUGAGGAACACAGUGGCAGUGCCUGCGAAUGGAUGGGCAGUCAUCAGAUUCGUAGCUGACAAUCCAGGGGCCUGGAUAAUGCAUUGUCACUUGGAUGUUCAUAUCAACUGGGGUUUGGCCAUGGUCUUCUUGGUUGACAAUGGAGUUGGGACACUGCAGUCGAUCGAGGCUCCUCCGGCGGAUCUGCCUCUGUGUUAAGAAUCUAAAUAUCACCAUAUAUGCUACCAAUGCUAGCAACUCAGAAACCCAACUAUGGGGUUUUCAUUUUUCCCUUCUCAGUUAUAUGAUUCCAUUGUUGUUUGUAUUUCCCCUGCAUUUGGGGGUCUAGUUCUUGCUCUGUUUCAUUGUUAUUUUUUGAUACAUAAAGUGGGCUUAGAGGAGAUGGGUGGCGCUGCGGUUGCAAAACCAAGUACCAUCUGAUUUAGUCACAGGCAAACAGACAUGUUUCUUGAUUCAUACAUGUUUUGUAUUUCGUAAGCAAGUGUUAAAGAAAUGUUUUGAAGUUAAUGAAAUGUUUUUUCUUA